UGUUGGCGUCAUGUUAAAUGGUCGAUGAGUCAUGACAACGCGGAAAAAGAGGAACAAGGAAGACGUUGAGUUUCAAAAGGAGUCUGUUUCUGCCUAAUCAACCACCACAAAUUAAUCAAAUCAUAAAAUGUCUCACUUUAGAAAGAGAGAUUGGAAACCAGAUCAUGUCAUCAUGCAGGAGAAUCCACACAUUUUGCAUACACACGAAGCUAUGGUGGAUCUGAUAAAUGGACGAACCACUAAUUACACCUUUAUGGACGCCUUUAACUAUGGCCUGUUGGGUCUUGAUAUUGUCAACCCCUUCGUGGGUGACUAUAUUGACGAUGAAUACGACGAUGACAACGACUAUUAUGAUGACAAAAAACGCAAAGAUAAAAAAGCCUAUUGCGGUUUUACACACAAUUUUUUAGGGCACAGUAGCUCGAAGCUACCCUUAACCCCCCACCCAUGUAUAAGACAACUCACUCCUGAGGAGGCUGAAAAAAACGGCAGGGAACUAAUAGAAGAAGAGAGCAAACUAAAAGAAAAGGCAGAAAAGAAAAGACUUAAAAAGAAGCGACAGAAGGAGAGGAGACGUGCAGGAAAAGAAAAGGAGCCUGAGAAUCAAGGGCCAGGGAGGCCCAGCCGCUCGGAGAAACAGGGAGGAGAUUUAAACAUUGAGCGAGAGCAGCAGGGGGAGAAGGAGUUUACAGAGGAGCGCCUUGGUCCGGGACCUGGUGGUACUGCAGCCUCUAGCAGGCAGCAGGAGGCGCAGGAUUCUCCUUUGGAGGAGAACUGUGGUAGCAGUAAUGAGGACCAGGAGGACGUGGGAGACGAGGACUUAGCCAGGGAGCCAGAGGAGUUGGAUAUGAGUAGCUGCUUCGUCUCUACGGCUGCCUGUAUUGCUAAACGACAACUAGAGCAGAACCCCAAACCAGAGAAGAAAAUUAUUAUCCAGCAGCCUCAGAAGCCAGUGGUGGAACAGGAGAAGGAACAGAAGCAGGAGAAGGAACAGAAGCAGGAGAAGGAACAGAAGCAGGAGAAGGAACAGAAGCAGGAGAAGGAACAGCAGCAGGAGAAGGAACAGCAGCAGGAGAAGGAACAGCAGCAGGAGAAGGAACAGAAGCAGGAGAAGGAACAGCAGCAGGAGAAGGAACAGCAGCAGGAGAAGGAACAGCAGCAGGAGAAGGAACAACAGCAGGAGAAGGAACAGCAGCAGGAGAAGGAACAGCAGGAGGUUAUUGUCAGGAAAAAGGAGAAAAAGGUGGAGGCCAAUGUUGAUGAUAUUCUUAAAAGAAGCACAGAGCUCGCCCUCAUAGGAAACCAGUUCGCAGCCUGUGGCCAGCUGGAAAUGGCAGUCAAGUAUUUCACUGACGCUAUUAAACACAAUCCUACAGAAUUUAAGCUGUUUGGGAACCGGUCCUUUUGUUAUGAGAAGAUGCAGCAGUAUGAUCGGGCCUUGAGUGAUGCCGAUCUGGCCCUCUCCAUGGAGCCUGGUUGGAUUAAAGGACUAUAUAGGAAGGGGAAGGCUCUGUCUGGACUCAAGAGGUACUUUGAGGCAUGCCAGACCUAUAAGGAGGUAUUAAUGCAGGACAGUUUGUGUUCAGAUGCUGCUCAGGAGUUGAUGAAAGUUCAGAUCAUGCAGCUGAUGGAAAUGGGAUUUACUCGUGAGCAGAGCUCUAAUGCGCUGAUUGUCCAUGGAGACUUUGAGAAGGCGGUUAAUGUCCUGUCUGGUAUUGAAGAUGAAUAUGGUAGUAAUGACUUUCCUGCGGCUGCCACCUCAGCAGAGGACAGUGCGACGUGGGAGGGAGUGGGACCCAGGCCUAAACCUCUCCUCCAAACCAGACCUAAACCCAGAUCCACUACCCCAGGCCCUGAACCCAGAUCCACUACCCCAGGCCCUGUACACCACGUUGCACCGGGAGGGAGCACAAGCAGUCUGUUUCCUGUAUAUGUUGGCUGUUUGGGGCCCAACACAACACAACCAAUGCUACACAGCCUCUUCAGCAGUGCUGGGACGAUCCACAGUAUCAAAAUCUUGCGCUCUUCCAACUGUGCAUUUAUCAACUACACCAACAUGGACCACUGUGAAAGAGCCAUCAGGACUCUAAAUGGUGAGAUGUUGAACGGAGUGAUGCUGGCUGUCCGUCACCCCGAUAGAGUGAUGCAGAAGAAACUGGGCUUGUCCCAAUUAGCUUUCACCCUCACCAACGCACCAGAGAAGAGUCAGGAGUGUUACUUCUGGAGAACCACAGGCUGUGUCCGACACAAUACCUGCAUCUUCAGACACGUGCCACAACACAAGGGCAUCGACAGGGACAAGGUCAACAAGUGAACAGCAGACAACCAUACACCAAUAACCUGGUCCUGGAAGCUGGAUCAAUGAGGUCUCCCCUCCCAGGCUUACCUUUCAAAAAUGAUUUUUUUAUUUUUAUUAAAAAGUUAUAUAAGUAGACGUAAAAUUCGUUAAGCUAUAAUUGACUCAACCAAUAAACAAAUAUAUAUAUUUUUUUUUAUCAACUAGAAAAUGUAGUUAAAUAUGUCGCUGUUGUUUUUCAAAGUUAGCUAGCUAAUUUGCUAAUCCUGUUUUUUGGAAUGGACCGCUGGGACAGAAUCACAGCUUCUACUGACAUGUUCCCUGGACUGACAUGUUCACUGGACUGACAUGUUCCCUGUACUGACAUGUUCCCUGUACUGACAUGUUCCCUGUACUGACAUGUUCCCUGGACUGACAUGUUCCCUGGACUGACAUGUUCCCUGGACUGCUAUGUUCUCAUUCACUUUAUAUUGGAGAAAGGCUUGAUAUAGUGAUUGCCUGUUGCCUGUAUGGAUGUUAUUGUCAAACGACAUGACAUAAGUCCUCAUCAGGGCCACACAGGGAGUUAUGUAGAUUCAUUAUGGAAGAUGGAGAAGUUUGUUUUUCUUAUUAUUUUUUUUCCACAAGCUAGAUUUCCAUCCAGUUGGUGACAAAAACAAAACACGCAUUUUCCUACCGGAGAUGUGUUUCCAUCAAAUUGACUAGUUGUAGAUAACGGGCUGUGUUUCCAUCAAAUUGACUAGUUGUAGAUAACGGGCUGUGUUUCCAUCAAAUUGACUAGUUGUAGAUAACGGGCUGUGUUUCCAUCAAAUUGACUAGUUGUAGAUAACGGGCUGUGUUUCCAUCAAAUUGACUAGUUGUAGAUAACUGGCUGUGCGUGAUUACAUAGUGAACACAAAAAACUUUUUUGCGAUUUGACGGGAGUUUUUUUUUUCAUAAAAGUUUUGGUUAUAAAGCGUGUACCCCCUCUGGUAUUGAUACGUUCUAGCCAACAGCUGGCAGUGUGCAGAUACAGGGCCGCUGGAUGGAGCGCACCUAUAGACCUAUAGCCUAGCUAACAGCUGGCAGUGUGCAGAUACAGGGCCGCUGGCUGGAGCGCAACUAUAGACCUAUAGCCUAGCCAACAGCUGGCAGUGUGCAGAUACAGGGCCGCUGGAUGGAGCGCACCUAUAGACCUAUAGCCUAGCUAACAGCUGGCAGUGUGCAGAUACAGGGCCGCUGGCUGGAGCGCAACUAUAGACCUAUAGCCUAGCCAACAGCUGGCAGUGUGCAGAUACAGGGCCGCUGGCUGGAGCGCACCUAUAGACCUAUAGCCUAGCUAACAGCUGGCAGUGUGCAGAUACAGGGCCGCUGGGUGGAACGCACCUAUAGACCUAUAGCCUAGCCAACAGCUGGCAGUGUGCAGAUACAGGGCCGCUGGCUGGAGCGCACCUAUAGACCUAUAGCCUAGCUAACAGCUGGCAGUGUGCAGAUACAGGGCCGCUGGCUGGAGCGCACCUAUAGACCUAUAGCCUAGCCAACAGCUGGCAGUGUGCAGAUACAGGGCCGCUGGCUGGAGCGCACCUAUAGACCUAUAGCCUACAUGAGAUGUGUUAUUAUUAUGGACAAAAGAGAAUCAUUGUAUUUGUCAAACAGCAGUUAAGCAUAGAUCUUCAUGUCAGCAGAUUAAGACCCUCAAUAUUUAUUGGAAAGAAGCAUCAAGCUCAUCACCGUGGACUUUCACCACCCUGGAGUUCAUAACGUAUGUUAUUACUUUCAUAAACUGUACGGGUUCCCAUUGAGUCGUAGUGGGAGGACCACACAACUGUGACUCCCAAGUUAACUUAGAAAUUAUGGUUAUUAUAUCAAUAUUUGCUUCAUAAAUUCUGGCUGGUUUCAUGUUUCGUCGACAUUUGGAAAGUUUACCGAAAAAUGUUUGUUAGCAUCAGACCUGUGUUUGUUUUUGUUUUUUUAGAAAAGACGUGUACUUUACACUCGUGAAAAGAUUGGAUGGAAACAAAUAUGGUUGAAUCAACAGGUUUCCUUGAUGUAGUGUUAUCAGGAAUGGUCUCCUUCUGUUUGUCAUUACUUCAACGUGUUGAAGAGUAUGAGAGGAGCGUUGUUAAAUUGUGUUUGGUGUUUAUAGUGUCCGUUUUCACAUCAAAGUGGCACCACUUUUUAUUGUAAAGACUUUAUUUUGCGACUUAAAGGAGUGUAUUAAUGUAUAAUCAAGAGAAGACGCCGAAGGUAGAGCUGGGUGGGCGAUGGGAACACCACUAAACUAGCUGAAAGCCAUAAUACACAGUGAUUUUAGACCAGGUGUGUCUUGUUUUUCAUUUUUCUGUUGACACUGUCAUUUCAGUACUGCUAUUGUCCACCAGAUGGCAAUGUUUAGCAGUUUAACCUCGGUCUCCUGUUCUACCAUGGCUGCCUGCAAAAUAGGUUUUCUGAACACUUUAAUUUGCUAUCUGUUGACCUGACUUUACCUGCUUUGAUCUGAAUGGCAUAAUGUCAUUGCUUGACUUGUUUCUGUGUUUCAAAUCUUUUGGUUACAGACACAUUCCAUGAAUCAUUAAAAUGAUCUUUCAGAUUAUACUUUUAGAUG